ACUACGGUACUACAAGUGAGCGCCGGGCUAAAAGUGAGGGCAGGACCAACCCCCCAGUGACACGGCGUGACAUCACUUUGUCCUCGAGCGCUGCGUUGCGCUGCGCUGCGCGCCGGGCUGCCGCGGGACUCUCGCGCUCACCCGGUGGGCGGCUGCCAUGUGGACCGCUAUCCCGCGCCUCCCCACAGCCGUGCACCGCAGCGGGAGCCUCCGGGACGCGCAGCAGCAGGGCCACGAUGGCCGAGGAGAGCCGGGGCAAGCGCAGGAAACAGGCGAACCCGAGGAGGAACCAAGUCGACAUCGACAGGCUGAGUGCGCUGGGCUCCGAGGGAGAAGAUGAGGGUGGACUCUGGGGAAUGGAGGGCCAGGAUUUCCAGGACCAGCAGGACCACCCGGACAAGGUCAGCCUGACAGCUAGCGAGGGCACGGAGUCGCGAAGCCCCUUCGGCCUUGCCUGCUCGGCCGGCCGGAGCCCGGAUCGGCACUGGCGGGGGGACGAGGAGGAGGUCCGCGGCCCUGGGACCGAGGAGCAGGAUGGCGAGAGGAACGCGACGCCAGCGUACGGUGAGAGGGAAGACAGCCCGCGGUCGGGGGGCCCCCUGGUACGGCUGAGGCAGGGUCCCGACCCGGAGCGCCAGCCCCUCAAUGGCUCCGCGGCCGAGUAUCACGCCGCCGCCCUCCACGGAGACGUGCCCCGUCAUCGCUGGUCUGCCGGAGGCCACGGCUCACCUGGAGGACAAGAGACGGCGCCCGCGAGCCCCGAUGCGUCCGGGACCCUGCUGGCAUGUCCCUUCUGCGAGCGCACGUACCAGCGGGACACCUCGCUGCGGGAGCACCUCGAAUUCCGCCACGAGCGGGACGGCGGGUGUCCGGCCUGCCCGCUGUGCGGCUACGUCGCCACCUGCAGAGCACAAAUGGAGCAGCAUAUGCUGAUGCACGCGCAGGCGCAGGCCAAGGUUGGUGAGCUAGUCGACCCGCGGCCGUGCCGCUUCCCGAGGUUCCGGCUCCGGCUCCCUGCGUGCGAUUACAUGCGAGUGUGUCUGCGUUUUUGCCAGCAUCCGGUGUUUGACAAUGCCACGGAAAACAGGAAGUUUAGAUGUCUCCAGUGCGGAAAGGCCUUCAAAUACAAGCAUCACCUGAAAGAGCACCUUCGCAUUCACAGCGGUGAGAAGCCCUACGAAUGCUCCAACUGCAAGAAGCGGUUUUCCCACUCUGGAUCCUACAGCUCACAUCUCAGCAGCAAAAAGUGCCUUAAUGGAGGGGGAGGGGCAUCCGGCGGGCAGACCUACGGCUCGUAUCUCAGCAGCUCCUCCCCCACCUCACCCUCUGCAGGCAGUGGAAGGAAUGGAAGGAGGGGCUCUCCCUUUGCCUUCCGGAUACCCGAGCGCCUCACGGACGGCCUGAGGGAAGCCCCCGCGUCCCUGUGGGAGCCCAUGGCGGAGCUGCCCCGCCAAGCUGCUCUCUACCUACACUCGGGGGUUAAGUUUGAGCACCUGCUGCAGGAGAUGCUGCGCCGUGGCACCCACGAAGACACCAACUCUGGUGGAGAGGACAGGUCAGGGCAAGAAGGAAAGGGCGCCCGUAACAGCUACCUGAUGUGUGACAGGGCAAGGGUAGGCGAGGCACUGGGGGGCGGGGUUACGCAGCCGGGCGAUGCCCAGGUGGGUGGGGUCACGCGGCAGGAGGAGGUGUUGCCGGGUGGCGUCGGGUGCCGUUGGUGCUCGCAGCUGUUUCCCAGCCCCGCCGUCCUGCUGCAGCACGAGCGUUACCUCUGCAAGUUGAACAGGGAUGCGAUUGAGGUGCUGGAUGGCGCCAAUUGUAAGGACGCUUCGCCCCUCAACUUCUCUCGGACCCUGGCGCAGGCUCGCGAAUCCCAGAAAGCGGUCGCUGCCACCAACGGAUUCUGCGAGGAGAACUCUCCUGCGCACAAGACGGCAUGGCGUGGUCCACCCAAGCCGCCGCUGGCAGCCCGCUCCCACUCGUUGGCGCCCCGACCCUUUUGGCCUGGCCAGGAGCCCAUGAGUCCUGCCAGCCAGGCCACCCUGCAACCCUUCUCGCCAUCCUACCUGGACAGGAGGAGUCUCCCUCCUUUGGGGCUCGAGUCCCCUGUGUGCCUGGACCUGUCCGCCAAUACCUCCCCCCCUGCCAGGCCAACCCCCCCUGUAGGCACCCCUGGUUCUGGCGGGUCUCAGAACGAGCCCCUAGACCUUUCGCUCCCCAAGCCGCGGUCGGCCUCCGACAAGGAGAGAAGCUGCAACGACAAGAAAGGGGAGGAGAGCCACUUCAGGAGGAUGAGUCCACCUCUUGCCCCGCAGCCCAGAACCAGCUACGGUGGGGCGCCUCUCUUAAGGGGUGCGGUGUACAGUACCUAUCCCUUCUUUAACCCCAUGUUCCCUACUGGCAUUGGGAGCUCGGGGUACGACGGCCUGCACCCCCUUGUGCUCGGCAGCUCCGCUCACAGUUCUGCCCUCCUCUCCAUGGCCUGCAUGAGCGAGCCGGGCCCAGACGCCAUUCUGAAGAAGAUCCACCAGGAAAGGCAGAUGCUGAUGAGCGAACCUGUGAGCCGGAAGCGCGUGGACUACCUGUCGCUGAUGGAGGAGGCCGCAGAGGGGGAGGCUACCGGCAGGAAGAGGCUCAAGAAGACGGAGGAAGGGCUCUACGCCUGCGACUUAUGCGACAAGACCUUCCAGAAGAGCAGCUCCCUGCUGCGGCACAAGUACGAGCACACAGGUACGGCGCGCUUCUCCCCGCUCCGCCCGCUGCCAGCGGUGUCCCUCGUCCGCUCACGCGACGCUGUGUUUCCCUUCCCUCCCCCUUCGUCAGGCCGGCGUCCGCACGAAUGUAGCAUAUGCAAGAAGGCCUUCAAGCACAAGCACCACUUGAUCGAGCACAGCCGACUGCACUCGGGGGAGAAGCCCUACCAGUGCGACAAGUGCGGGAAGCGCUUCUCCCACUCGGGAUCCUACUCGCAGCACAUGAACCACCGCUACGCCUACUGCAGCCGCGACCACGACCCCGAUGGCCCCGGCGAGGAUCUGGCCCUGGGGGAGGACGUGCCGAACCCUCGGGGGGACCUGGAGCUGGGCAUCGCGGAAGGGGGAGCGGGACUCAGUCAGGGCAGCGACUCCAGCUUGGACGGGGGACUUAGGGAGGAGGAGCAGGAGGAAGAGGAGCGGCUCUCCCGAAGCUCGUGCGGCCUGACGAUGGGCAGGGCGCUAAAGGGUGCGGCGUUAGAGAAGGGGGAUCGACUGACGCCGGACCACGCGAUGGAGUCCCUCUCGGCGGGAGAAGGAGAGCUGAGCGGCGAGGAGAGCGGCGAGGGGGUCGGCGGCCAAGCGGAGCCGGAGGCCGGAGGGAGGGAGGGCGGCGCUGACCGUCUCCGGUUCAAGGUGGAAUCGCCCGGAGACCGCGGCGCAAGUAAUGGGGACGAAGCGGCGGUUAACGACGGUUAGCGACAGGCAGGCGGAGACGCAUAGGGAUGAUGGCAGCAGGGAUGAGAAGUGGAACGCCUCAUCGAAAUGGUGAAGAAUCCAGCUGUUGGAAGGGAGCGCCGGCAACGAUGCGCUCCGCUCCGCGGCGUCCGGGAACAAAUGUCGUCCGAAACCUCCCGCAGACAUGGCGCUCGCUCACCGCACGAGCCUGGAAGGAGUUCCAAAACCCGCCGCAGCUGCUGCCCUGAAAUGGCCUUCAGGAAAGAAACUCCUUUAAUGUCCCUUUCUCGACACACGAAGGUCCUCGAAACCCACCGUUUGACUACCAGGAAGUGUGAGAUGAACCAAAGUUCCCGUCCGUGUUAAAUCACUUCCAAUCAAAGGACCGAAUUAAAGCUUGUUUUUUUUUUUUUUUUAGAAAAAACCAAAAAAAAAAAAAAAACAGUUACUCAUAAAAUGCAUAAGCAGUAUUAUGUUGUUUACAUUAUAUUCGUUCUAAAAAUUUGCUUUCGUAAAGGUAAUAGGGUGCGACUGUAAAAUUAGAACUGGCCAAUUGGGAGACGGUCAUUUCUACAUAUUUCUGAAGGACUCUUUUCAGGAGCUGUCAGUAUAUCGGUAACUAAAAACUGGGCUGAACCUAAGGCUGUAUUUGUCAGAUGCCGUUUUAACGGUUUUAAGUCUUAGAUCCGUUUUUUGAGAAUGUGAUUUUUCUAUGCAUUUCGAUGACUGAAAACUAGGCAGUAGAGCAGCUCUUCUCAGGACACAUGAAGGACGGACGAGGUGGGGACGGCGAGCGAAUGAAGAGUGGCGGCGAAGAACGGAGCGAUGCGACGAGUUCAUUCCUACCUCCAAACCCCCAGAGUCCGGGCCUCCUUCUUCAUCUCCUCCUCCGGGUCACCGCACCGUACCAUUUGUGCUUCUAAGAUCUGCUUUUUCUAAGCUUGUCAGUUAAAUCACAGAGCCCAAAGUGUCCGGAGCCAUUAUUAAUGUCACUCGUUCGCCCAUUUUUCAUUUCGCUCCAUCACGUAAUCGGAUUUUUCGAAAAAAAAAGAGCCCAAGUGCAAUUGUUUGUGUAACUCAGGCCUGCCGGCGUGUCCGUGUUUUCGGGACGACGGGACGCGGCUUUCCGUAUCUCCAGCGCUGCCCCGGGAGCGGCGAGAGAAGGGUAAUUACGGCUCUUAACCCUCCGAGCAGCGACUUGUCGAGGUGCAGAGAGAAAAUAUCAAACCGCGCCGACUAAUCGGCCACGAUCUCUGACGUGCCGAUGAGGCCGUGAGGCGAGCCGCAGCGAGGCGGCGGCACCGCCGAGCCCCGAAACGCGGCGCCGGCACGACGGGACACUCCGCCGCUGCCGGGCGGCUUCGGGCUCCGAUUCACGCAUCCGUGGGAACGGGAAGCGGGGAAAAGUGACCCCGCGACACGUCUCCGCCAUACUGAGCGCCGGUACCGUGGAGCCGUGAGCCCGCCGCGGAGGGGCCGCAAAAAGUACACAGGUGCUAUACAUCUGCCAUUGCUUUAUAUUCCUCACUUUUUUGUAUUUUAUAUACUACAAAUCAACUAUUUUUUGUGGCUUGAGAGAAGAUAUUUUAUUUACCUUUUGGCAACUUUCUUAACCAAUGGUACAGUUUUGUUUUUUUUUCUGAAUAUUAACAUGCCACUUUGCUUGUUGUAUUUUACAUUUUUUGUAAAUAUGUUUGUAAUAAAACGUGCACAUAACCAGAUCUGCGCCGUUGGGACCUUCCGGUCUUUCAGUUCCGAUGGAAAGCCGAGGAGCCGCCGUCCGAAGCGCCGGCGCACUCCUUCCGUUUUCGCGCUUUUCCUCACACUCAUUUCGCACAGACUAAGAAAGUCUGAAAUGACUUUACUCGGGGAACGAGGGAUUGUAAGUCAGAGUCACUCGCCGCGUUAUUACAUCAAACUUGGUUUAGGGCUAAGGCCUCGCGUCAGUCGCGCGCGCGCAGUUCAGGCCGAGGCCGGUGCCGUCCGAGACCGCGACGGGCCAGGCCGCGAGCCAGCGGGAACCGCCUUUAGAAAUGAGCGAGAAGGCAGGUGACCCCGGACGGUUCGGUCGAGAACGUCGCGGUGCCACGCAAGAGGGCUCCUCGCACGGCGCUCCACGGCCGCGGGAACCGUUUUUGUUCACAGCAUACGCAAAGGUUUACCGAAAGAAAACACCGCAAUGAGUAAAAGUGGGUUUUAAAGCAACGCGACGGAUGUUAAAAAAAAAAAAAAAAAAAUGCUGUGAAGGAGUGAGCGAUUCGGUGACCCUGCAUUCAAGCAAAGGUGUCUGCUGUGACACGCCUGGCAUCACGCACAUCACGGGAAUUUCUCCACACUAAUAACGCAACUGCAGCGCGCACCAUGACCAGAAGAGAAGCGGUGAACGAACGGCCCCUCUCGCACACUGCAGGCACUCUUGAUUGUUUCCCGUUAUUCGGAAGCAACACCUCGCAGAUAACGAUUUACUAAAAUGCACGUUGCACCUCGAACUGCCGCCACGGUUUCUUUUUUCUUACAAACGAGCCCCUCAUGUUUGCGCUUUGCUCUUAAUUAAUUCACUCAUUUGCAUCCUAUUUGCAUAAUGAUUCAUGGGUAGUUCGAACAGCUUUCCUCGAAAAGGGCGUGCGUACAGAAACAGCCACGUGUAGACCCCAAGUGCAUCAUGGGAUAUCGGCGGCCAGACGCCGGUUUGGAUCCCCAUAUGGACGACGUUAAUGAGAAAAAGGCAAUGACGCACCGCGAGUCACCGAGCAAAGUCUCUUCCCAUCCC